CCCACCCCUCCAGAUUUACUUGCCAUAUUUGACUUACAAUUUCCGAAUAUAUUUCAUAUAAUUAUAAUCCUUUGAGUAAGUGUAUAGCAAUAAAGCCUGUUCCUUUCCUUUUGUCACGAUCAAUUAACCGCUACCAAACCUAGCAGGCCGAAAGAAUGCGAAAACGUACACUCGAACAGCCCUUGCGGUUGAUAUGUCUUAUCAGCUACAUAGGACUAUCCAGGUCGCAUGACUGGAGCACUUUCGACAUAAUGGACGGCCAAUGGGCCCAAGUUAUAGAGAAGGAUGUCUGUAUCGUCGGCGGAGGAAGCAGCGGUGUCCACGCUGCUGUAUCUCUACUUGACAUGAAUAGGACGUUGGCGAUAAUCGAGCGCAAUGAUCGUCUUGGGGGCCAUUGCGAAACAUGGACGGAUCCUAGCUCUGGGGUGUCUGUCGACUACGGUGUCGUUAUACACCAACCGCUUCAGGCGGUCUAUGACUUUUUCAACAAAUUCAACAUUCCGUUACUGAAUAUGUCUUCCGUCCCGUGGAACAAGCCUGGGGAUCCUGCAAAUACAUCACUACCAGCUGUAUGUUACAAUUCUAUCCGGGAAGACGUGGACUUCCGUGAUGGGUCGAGCGUAGACCGCGGCAUCGAUCCGGGAGUUGACGAUGCCUUUUCGCGUCUAGGCAGCAUACUCUCCGAUUACCCAUACCUCCUUCAGGGAUACGAUCUCCCCGACCCAAUUCCUGAAGAUCUCAUCAUACCAUUUGGGGCUUUCCUCGAAAAGCAUAAUUUAACAGCAGUUAUCCCUACCUACUACCAGUUUUCACAGGGAAUGGGCAAUCUAUUGGAUAUCCCGACCAUCUACGUGGUCAAGUACUUCAACUUGGGCGACCUCCAAGCCUUAUCCCAGGGGUACCUUACCGCAGCCAAUGGCGAUACGUCAAUGCUUUACAGGAAAGCCAGAGACUACGUGGGACGACCCAACAUAUUUCUUCAGUCCACCGUCGUUUCUACUAAGAGGCAAAAUACAACGUCAGGAAAUCUCGAACUUCUCAUCUCGACCAAGGGGGAGGGACUCCAACUACUCUCGUGCAAGCAAGCCCUCUUAACCAUCCCUCCGACCCUCUUGAAUCUGGGGGGAUGGGACUUAUCCGCAGAAGAGUACGCAGUGUUCUCGCAGUACGUCAACGCCAACGGGUACUGGACGGGACUCGUCACGGAUGUCGGACUUAGUCAGACAACAACGUACUGGAACGCCGCGGCCGCCACGCCUUUCCAGAUCCCGGUGCUUCCGGGGCUGUACGUCCUAACACCCGUCGGGGUGGUCGACAACGUAUGGGCGGUCAAAUUCGGGUCCAAUACCGCGGACCUGAGCGACGACCUAGUCCAAGAGUAUAUACAAGCGCAAAUCCGCACCUUGAGAUCUGUGAACAACGUCACUACUAGUGCGAAGGAACCGAAGUUUUUGGCCUUCUCAUCGCACACGCCGUUCCAACUCCAAGUUCCUCCCGAGGCUAUCUGGGACGGCUUCUUCGGGAACCUCACCGCGCUACAGGGCGGCUUUGGCGGCAGGAUGUUUUACAGCGGCGCGGCAUUCCAUACACCGUAUAGCGCAUUGCUUUGGCGAUUCAACGAGGAGGUUGUCUUGCCCCUGAUGAUGCAGUAGACGGAGCGGCGCCAGAUGUAAUAGGAUAAUUGCAUCACCCUUCUUGCCUAGUUAUUCUAUAGGCUCUGUGUAGGGUACCUACAUACCUAGUAUAUAUUAUGGUAUGAUUGCACAACUGAGCAAGUCAAACGUGGAUUUACUAGGCACCUAAGUCCGUUUAAGCCAAAGCACGUUGCAAUCUCAACCCUCCAUUAUAUUCUUAUAAGUU